AUGGAUUACAGCGCGAGAGUCCGGCCUCGAACGAGCGUCUAUCAUUCCCUCCGCGAAGCUGGAGGAGGCGUCGCGACGGGCGCAGUAGAGUCGCUUCCUGAUGAGCUCCUUCUCCUCAUUCUCUCCAAAGCAGCCUCCGCCGCGGCAUCGCCUGUGGAUUUGGCAAAUUUCGCACUCACGUCUCCCCGCUUCGCGCGUCUCGUCCGCGAACCCCCGGUGCGCUCCCGCCUACCCCUGCGCGCCCUCGUUCCUUCCGCGCGCCUCUGGGCGCGCCCGCCCGCCAUUAGCGCCGGGGACACAAACUCGGCGAACACCGCGCGCGAUUCCUCUGGCGCCUACGGCGGAGAAAGAAAUACCACAGUCACGGAUUCGAGCGGCGGCGGCGGCGGGAGCGAUAAGUGUCGCAUGGCGUGCCGGUUCUUGCUGCAGUGCGGGUUGGCGGGGUGCACGGAUGCUCUCUACGUGCUCGGAAUGAUCAAGUUCUACUGCCACAGGGACUUCUGGGCGGGUGCAAGCCUGCUGGUGUGGGCGGCGGAGAAGGGACACGUGGCGGCCAUCUGUUCGCUGGCGAUCAUCCAUUCUCACGGCAGUGGCGGCGGCAGCAGCGACGGCAACCCCGCUGCAGCUACUGAUAUUCUGUGGCACGCUGCUAGGGCGGGCAGCAAACAGGCGCUACAGGAGCUGGGCCACUGCUAUUUGGACGGCCAUGGAGUGCCGCAGCGCACGCUGCUGGGCGCACGACUGCUGCUCGCCGCCAUGUGCCCCGCCCUCGCUCACUCCCCGCACUCCGCCCCCGCUGUGCAAUCCGCCGCGGUGGGGCUGCAGCUGCAGAGGAUUCGGGCAGAGGCGAGAGAAGCAUCCUGGCAGUCGCACAGGGGGCAGGAAAUGGCCGUGCAGGUCGUCGUCGCUUUCGGUGCAGCCACUGAGAGGGCAGCAGGGGCCAGUGAUCUCCAUAGUCCGCUGUGCUGCUGGGUGCCACACCGCCAUUUCCGUGCUCUCCCACUCCUCUCCCUCUUCCGGGUGUACGGCAACUCCUCACGCUCUCGCUCCCUGCUCCUCCUCCUCCACUACACCUACCGCUCACACGACAACCAGCCACAGCAGUUUUGCGGGUUCAACUCCUAG